GGGCGUUGUCAGUUUCCUCUCCAAUUUAAAAAAACAAAUCCAAAAUCAGCUAAAGAAAGACGAAGCAAAUAAACAAUGGAGCGACUCAAAGAGGGCAUAGAAGAGCUACUGAGCUUCACUCUAAACUCUCACGGAAACCAAACUCUAGGCUCCGACCUCAGCCUCUCCAGUCAGUUUUGCUCCGAUCUUCUCCGUGAAGAGAACAACGCCGUUUCAGUCGCCGCCGAUGUUGAUCUCGACCAAGAUUUACUUCAAGGAGUUCCGUUAUAUCCUCUAUACAAACGACUAGCUUUAGCUCUGGUUCGUUCGGUGAGUUGCGGGGCGUUUUGUCGGACGUAUAAUGACGGUGUCGUUCUGGUUCGUGAAGAUGGUUUGCUGAAAGAGAGAGAAGAAGCGUGGAGUGAAUUGGUUUUAAAUAAAGGAGCUGAAUUGGUCAAUAUUUUGAAUACAGUAGACUCUGAACUUGAUGUUCAGGAACCCUUCUUUUCAAUGAUAAAAGAUGGCCUGAAAACAGUUGAGGGAAGAUGUGCAAUUGGUGAUUACAAUAGACUUGAACCAGGCUUGACGAUUCUGUUAAAUAAAUGCAUGAUGCUUCAAGUUGAGUCUGUUCGCCAUUAUGCUUCAUUUUCGGAGUUGUUAGAAGCAGAGAGUCUUGUGAAAAUCCUUCCAGGAGUUAAAACUGUUGAAGAAGGCAUGCAAAUUUAUAGGAAUCUUUAUGCGGAGGAGAAGGAAAUGCUCAAUGGUGUCCUUGCAAUAUGUGUUUCUAAACUGGCUACUCAGCCUUACAUUACACUGGCCACUAUACUCUCUGUGUUCAAAGUCUUUUGGGUCUUGCACAUACUCCUGGAACGAUUUUGGAUGCUCUCCCCCCACCAAGAUCAACUCUUCUGUCAUCAUUUUUGUUGCCAUUUAAACCAAAUUACCUUAACUCAAGGAGCGAGGGCCUUGGCAAAGCAUGUUAAUAGGAGCAGCAACAAAUACUGGGGUAUUUUUAAUGGAAGUGAUUCUGACAAAAAUAGGUUUGCAAUGGAUGUCAUUUACCGUUUGAUAGCCCAUUGUUGCUGGUUGAAUGUGCACAUUGUUCAACCUCAGGGGAUUGUCUUUGAGAUAAGAGUAGCUGAUGGUUAUGGUGCACGGUGGUCCAAAGAUGGAACCAAGCAAAAAGCACAUCCGCUUUUGAUUAUAUACAACAUGGACCAUAGAAUGCUUCAGUUAAUAUGAAAGCUAGAAUAAUUCAUAGGAUUUCUUGAGCCAUACAUGGAAGAUGGUCACUCCAAGGGAUGGAAGCAUUAGAUUGACAUUGGAUAGUUCUGUAGUGAUUUCUUUUAUUGAUGUAAGCCUUCUAAGGUAACUUAUUUCUGCUGUAGUUUUUUCUUUCAUUUCUUUAUGAUGAGAAAUAUGCCGUGUAUAGCUUUAGAUUGCACUUUAUCCCUCAUAUGCUUGUUUUUGCAUCAGUCCCCGUCCUGUUGUAGUGAUUGGGAAAAAUCAGCGCUGCUUAAUGGUUCGUAUUUGGAUUUUGGUUUUGACUUUUGAGUAACGAUUUCUCAUACAUCAUAGUACUUGACCCUUAA